GAGCCGCACCUCACUAACAAGGACAAGCUGGAACCUUGGACAACCCACAAUCUUUAACAAAACACUGCAUUCUCCAAGAUGACUUGGAUAUCCAAAUCAAUUACGGGCCUCGGCUUGCUGUUUCUCACGCACGCCUGCUAUUCUGCUCACGAACACUCGGCCCUACAAUCUACAGGAACUGCCCACCUAUCCUCUACCUCCUCUCACGUUACGACUACCGCCUCUCUACCAAUCGACAUAUCUAUCGAGACCAUAGUGUCGAUUUUUAUUGUUUGCCUCGGCUUAGUAUUAGGCACACCAGAAUUACGACCUAUACAAUGGCGGGUUUGGGCAGGUAAAAUUGAGCGAGAGGGAGCGAAAGGUUUUAUGAACGCAGAUGGCGAGGUGGAUAAAGAUUUUGUUGGAAACCCCUUCAGAGUUCUCGAGAGUCGACCAAGCUUCAUUGACAUCAGAAGACAAAGACACGAGUUUGCGGAGUGGGUCAGGGAAGGAGGGGAACAAAGUCAAGCAAAAGAGUUGUAGAUGGAGGGAGCGAAUAUCCGGCGUACUGUACGAUAUUAUUUCUGUGGACGCUGUGAUAUAAAUGGUCUUGUCUGGGGGACUUCGCUGCACAUAGUUGAAGAAAUGAUAUUUUGGGUCGCGAACAAAUAUCAUGAAGUGGCACAAAAGUUCAUAUACUGUUCAUACAAACCAAUUUUGAGACUGUGUCUACUACCUAGGUAGUAUUGAAACAUUUUAUUACAUUUACUAGCCUGAUCGUUUCGAGCUUCUUUGGCCAUGUACAUACAAUUAGUAAAGUUGUACAAACGAGAGAGGAAUGACUUUCGCUUGGCAGAAUCACUUCUGUAGUGUUCUUACCUUUCACAUUUCUGAUCUCAUCUUGACUUAUUUCA